AUGCGCUUAGCAGUGCUGCAGUUCAUGGCUGGUUUUUGUGGAGCUCUGGGCUGCCUGUUUUUUCUGCUUUGUCUUGGUACAGAUUACUGGCUUUUAGCCUCAGAGUCUUGUGACACAGAGGACAAAAAGGCAGCAGAAUUGAGAGGACUUUUUACAAAGGACAGGUUACACAAGAAACCAAAUGAAACUACAAGUAAAGUCACAUCCUACCAUGAAGGCAUUUUCUGGAGAUGCUCCUACAGGAAUCAAGCUGGCCAAGAAGAGAAGAGCAUUUUGGAUUUUUGGAUCACCAACCAACCAACAGAGAAGAAUUGCAUAUUAGCCUAUCUACCCAAUGUUCCUCUAUCUGUGGAAGAAAGUGGCAUUAUAACUCCUGAUUCAACAACAAUACACAGGGCAUUUUGGUGCAUUAUGUCAGUGCUGGGAUUUACUAUGAUUCUAACUGGAGCGUUUGUCACUAUAUGUGGAAUUCCAACAACCAGUUGGCGCCUUUACGAAGCUGGUGGAGCGCUUUUCAUAACUGGUGGGCUCCUGCUUCUGGCUGUAGUGGUGACAUUUGCAUUGUGGGUGGAGGACUCAGCGGCUCUGGAGCAAUACAUCCUCCACCGAAGGUUCUCCGUGUGUCCUGGCCUGCACCUCAAUUUGUACUACGGUCCAUCAUUUAUGCUGGCACCUUCUGCUUCUUUCUUCUGCCUUCUCUGUGGCCUCUUCAUACUGCUGGCAGAGAAAGCUUUAAAAACAGAAUCAGCUAAUGCAGCAAACAACUCCUGUUCCAAACAAGAUGACUUUGAAGUGAACAUGAUGUAGGUCCAAAAAAAGAUACAGUACAUUUGCAUGCUGUCAGGAACAAUUAGACUGUCCUGUGUCACUACAGGGAAACAGGACAACUGUGAUUGUGAUUUGAUCUGUGUGAGAAAUCAGUCAAACAUACACCAUUAUGCCAAAACAUUAGGACCACUACCUAAUAAGUCAAAUCAGCUCUUACCUGCCUGGGCAUGGACUCCACAACACAUCCAAAAGAAUCAUGUGGUACAUCUGGUACCAGAACAUGACCAACAGGUCCUUUAACUCCUGCUUGUCUCAGCAUGGGUCGUCCUACAGUGCAUCCUGGUGCCAUUUCUUUAGUGGGUAAAUGAUGCACAUGUGUAAGGUGUAAGGUGUAUAUACACAACAUAUUCAUUCAAUGUCUGUUUUACCCUGAAUUAUUGGGCAAAAGGCGGGAUACACCCCGGGCAGGUCACAAGUCAAUCACAGAGCAAACACACACACACACACACACUUACUCUUAGAGCAAUUUUAGAUACUCCAAUUGACCUGACUGCAUGUCUUUGGACUUGUAGGAAGAAACAGGGACAUACACACGCAGACACAGGGGGAACAUGCAAACUUCAAACAGUAAGGACCCUUUCUGUCCAAUACAAAAACCCAGGCGACAACACUUCCCACUGCACAGUGAUGCUGGCCAUGCAACAGAUUACUUUUUACUUUAUUUAUUUAUUCAUUUAGUUUAGUUUAUGAAUUUUAAGCAUUAAAUGUAGUCUGCAUUGGCAUGUGGGGUUUUAAGAACAUGAUUUUCCGACUGAUGAACCACCAGGGUGCAGUAUUGCAUUAAAGGUUUUCGUAUUAGAA